CGUACGUGACAAAAUAGGGCGAAUUGUCAAUAUGCUUUUGUUUAUACUUUGAAUUGUAUGCCUCGCACAGAUACACCACUACGGAAAAUACAGUCAAACAUUAAGAAGAAAUGUCUGAGAAAGUUACAGACACGGAUAUUGCUAUGGAAGAGAUUCACGGGGAUGGAAAACGAUUGACUGCCGCCGAGAUACCAGUAGCUACCACACGAACUUCGGACCCGCCAUCCGAUACUUCCAUUAUGGCCGACAGUGCUCCGGAUAAAGACGAAUCUAACGCAUGCGCAGGACUUCUCAAAUUCUUCUCCACUAUUUUCAUCAUUCUCUUCUUUCCGUUUUCACUUCUGUGUUCCUUAAAGAUGGUCCAAGAGUACGAGCGAGCAGUUAUUUUUCGUCUGGGGCGAAUCUUACAUGGCGGUGCGAAAGGACCAGGUUUGUUUUUGGUGUAUCCGUGCAUUGAUGAUGUUGUGAAAGUGGAUAUUAGAACCCGAUCCUUCGACAUCAACCCUCAAGAGAUACUUACAGAAGACCACGUGACCGUGACAGUUGACGCAGUAAUGUACUUCCGGGUCAUUGACCCAGUUCUUUCCGUGACCCGUGUGGAGGAUUUCAUUGGUUCUAGCAAAAUGCUAGGUGCGACAACUCUUAGAAACAUCCUGGGAACAUACAAAAUGACUGAACUGCUGACGAAUAGGGCUGAUAUUAACAGGAAAAUGAAGGUCCUUCUGGACGAAGCCACCGAUCCAUGGGGAGUGGACGUCGAGCGUGUGGAAAUUACCGAUGUGCACCUACCGGACACGCUUCAGAGGGCGAUGGCAGCUGAGGCGGAGGCGACAAGAGAGGCCAAGGCCAAGGUAAUUGCCGCCGAAGGAGAAAAGAAGGCUUCCUAUGCGCUGAAGGAGGCAGCCGACAUCAUGAGCGAGUCACCAGCCGCCCUGCAGCUCCGAUAUCUCCAGACGCUGAAUUCAAUCGCGGCUGAACAGAACUCGACCAUCGUGUUCCCUCUGCCGCUUGAUUUGUUGCAAGCGUUUAAAGCGCCCGCGCCAAGGCAACUUCACGCACCUGUUCACGCUCCAAUGCAUUCGUCACAAGCGACAGAAUAUUGUGCCGAAUAGAACAUGUUUGUUCACAUUCGCUUAUAAAAUCAUUGAGAAAUUCUUGCGGCCCAUGCCAAUUAUCUGAUUUUCUCAACUCAUAUAUUUGAUUAAAAAAUUGAAAGAGUGCAAUUCUUUAUUUAGAUGAAGGCAUAUAUACAUUCUCACACUCUAAUAUUAGGUACCGAUUUUUAAUGAAACAAUGCCAUUUCAGAACUUUGAUGAGAUGCAAAAAUUAAAACAUAAUGCAUUGCCAGCAUGCUUGUUAAAAACAGUUAUUUUGAGCAUGAUGCUUAAAGACAAAAAUAAAUACUUAAUUGGGGUUACAAUUUGCACACUACGCCACAAUUAAUAAAUCAUUUAAAUGACUUUUAAAACGAACGUAUUCAGAGAGUUGGCUGAAGCCUUUCCGAUGUCCUUAAUCUUUUUUUUCUGUAAUUUUUCGGUACGAAAUCAAGGCGUCGCCGUCGGGAAGUAUUUAACAGUGAAAUGAAGUAUUUCUUAUUACCCAUUUGGGAAACGGACAAAAUGGCAUUUUAAUUAGAUCUAACUCUCAUCAAAUGUGUUUUGUUCUGUGAAGGUAUGCAUGUAAAUGUAUUUUUAUCAUAAUUAUAAUAACAAAUGUAUACAAAUAUUAUAUCAUUUAAGUGAUACAACUAUACUUUUUUAUUCUUAUUUUUAUACUUCUGAUUAAAAACUAGUGUGUUUUGUAAUCAAGUGUAUUAUUUUUAUAGAUAUUAUUCGCCAUGUGUUUGUACUUCCAAACAGUAUGCAUAAAUAUGUUCCAAAAUAAAUAUAAGAUACACUUUUAAAAGACUUGUGUUUAUCGAUAUGAUUGCUUUACA